AUGUUACAGAAUGUUAGAUUCAAUGAUGAGGAUGAGCCUGAGAAAAUGCUGGGUGAUAGUGAUGCUGGUGGAGAUGAUGUAGAUGACUUAGUGGUAAAAGUCUCUAUUAGUGAAGAUGAGACCAAGAGUUUUGAAGACCUCCAAGAUGCUUAUAAUGAAUUAUACAAGGAGUGUCUAAAACAAGGUAAGAAGUUGCUUUGCUUAAGCAUGAGGCUCAAAACACGUGAAGAGGUAAAGAAAUCACUUCAUAUGGACUUAUUUAAGUCCGAAGCUCAUAUUGUUGGACUUGAGGAGAAGAAGUCCCUCCAUGACAAG